ACGCUUCUUGUUUCUGCGAUCGCUGCCUUAAACCAAAUUCGUUAUUUCGGUGGACACUCUGUCAGAAUAAAUCGAGUAACUUUCAAGAAUUUCUUGCUCGUGCCCAACAGAAAAUAAUUGCUGAGGAGUCAAUUUCGGUCCCAAAUUUUAGCUUUACUCCCAAAGAAUUAACACCAGAUGGAGACAACAAAAAGAAAAACAAUAAAAAGAUUCCCAAUAGCAAAUUUGGGAAAAUUCAGUUUGGUGGACCAUCGAAAGGAGAUUCCGGCGAUCCCGAAGUACGAAUGGCAAAGAAACAGUAUGCUGAGGACCGGAAGCUGGGAUACCAAAAUGUCUAUACAGCUGGAGCAGCAACUAUCUUUGAAGAGUUGAAAGGGAAAGGAAUUAUACCUGACCCCCGACCCAUUAGGACUCCUGAAGAUCAAUUAGAUAAAUCUAAGUACUGCGCUUAUCACAAGUCACCGGACCAUAAUACUGAUGAAUGUCUCAGCUUACUGUCUGUAUUAUUAAGACUGAUAGAGAAUCCACAAGUAAAGAGAUUUGCCAAAAAUUCCAAUUUCAAAUGCAAAACGCGGCCUACUGUUGUUCUUGAUGACGACGAUGAUGAGGCAGAAAUAAACCCAAAAAGAGUCCGACCUGGUGAUAAAGAGGUCUUUAUGCUUACUCCAGAAGAAUCCACGAAUAAAAUGGUCAAACAAACUCAGUUUGACUUCUCGUCUACAUAUGGAGAUUUCAUUCCCCGAGUUAAUACGAAUGAUGGUAGACCACCGUUAUCCCGACGUCAAGCUAAAGCAUAUGCCCGAGGAGCCUAUUAUUUGGGAAAACGAGUCGUUACAACCGAUUUACGAGACACUAUAAACUCUCGUAAUUGUCCAAUCACUUUCACUGCAGAUGAUGCCAAUUUGUUCGCUCAUCCUCAUACAGAUGCGUUAAUAGUUACUGCGCAAAUUGGACACAUUCCAGUACAUCGAAUCCUG